GUAUUGUUUUACUGUAGCCACUAUACCUCAGCCAUGGCGUUUGCAGGGAGGUUAUUGACAAGAUCUAGGCUUGGCUCGUAUGUCUGCAGAACUCGAGGUUUAACAGCAAACAGAAUUCACAGAAGACAUGUAGUUUCGUGCAUUGAUCCCUCCCUCGGUCUGACAGAGGAACAGAAGGAAUUCCAGAAAGUGGCUUUUGAUUUUGCAGCCAAUGAAAUGGCCCCACAUAUGGCCGUGUGGGACGAGAAGGAAAUUUUCCCUGUGGACACCAUGAGGAAGGCAGCUCAGCUGGGAUUUGGUGGGAUCUACGUCCAGCCGGAGAUGGGCGGCUCAGGACUGUCCAGGCUGGACACCUCCAUUAUAUUUGAAGCCUUGUCCACAGGCUGUGUCAGCACCACUGCCUACAUCAGCAUUCACAAUAUGUGUGCCUGGAUGAUUGACACCUUCGGCAGCGAGGAGCAGAGACACAGGUACUGUCCGCAGCUGUGCUCCAUGGAGAAAUUCGCCUCCUACUGUCUAACGGAGCCAGGCAGUGGAAGUGAUGCUGCCUCUUUAUUGACCACGGCAAAGCGAGAUGGAGACCAUUAUGUUCUGAACGGUUCUAAGGCAUUCAUCAGUGGUGCGGGUGACACUGAUGUGUAUGUGGUAAUGUGCCGGACUGGAGGGAAGGGAGCCAAGGGGAUAUCCUGCCUUGUUGUGGAGAAAGGAACGCCAGGACUUGGAUUCGGAAAGAAGGAGAGAAAGGUGGGGUGGAAUUCACAGCCCACCCGAGCCGUGAUCUUCGAGGACUGCGUGGUCCCUGUGGCCAACAGGCUCGGGGAGGAGGGCCAGGGCUUCACCAUCGCCAUGAAAGGGCUUAACGGGGGACGCAUCAACAUUGCCUCGUGUUCUCUGGGAGCGGCCCAUGCCUCAGUCCUGCUCGCACGGGAUCACCUCAAAGUACGGAAGCAGUUUGGGGAGGCUCUCUCCAACAGCCAGUUCCUCCAGUUCAAGCUGGCAGAGAUGGCGACCAGGCUGGUGGCGUCUCGUCUGAUGGUGAGGCAGGCGGCGCUGGCGCUCCAGGAGGACCGGCUGGACGCCGUCACGCUCUGCUCAAUGGCUAAGCUCUUCGCCACCGACGAGUGCUUUGCUAUCUGUAACCAGUCUCUGCAGAUGCAUGGGGGCUAUGGCUACCUCAAGGAUUACGCUGUGCAGCAGUUUGUCCGGGACAUCAGGGUGCAUCAGAUAUUAGAAGGCACCAAUGAAGUGAUGAGGAUGAUUGUUUCAAGGAAUCUGUUACAAGAAUGAAGAGCUGCUGAACGCCGGCUGCAGCUCUCCUCACCUUCCAGCACAGCCCGGAGGACGGGAACGAUGAACUGAAAGACAUCAUUUUCACACUUUACUGUCGACUGUUUCUAUACAGUUUGUUUUGAUUGCACACUUUUUAUAUUAAGUUAUAUCGCACCUUGUGGGUGACAGAAAAUAUGUCCUGGCUGAAUCUGUGCACUCCCAGCAGUCUUUGAGGCCAGGCAGGUUACAAUGCAAGCUUAAUAUAUAAUACAGCACAGUUUACGCCCUCUACAGACUGGUGUAUGCAGUCACAGCCACUACAAAACAAUAAAAUGCUUAAUAUUAA